AUGGGAAGCAUAAAUUUCGAAGGGGCGUUGGUGGAGAUCGAGAAGAUUCGUGCGUGUUUGGAGGGCACGACAGUGCGUGGAGAGUGCGUUAUUUUGAAGCGUUCGUCGCCGGCGGUUCAGAGUUUGCGUUAUUUGGAUCUCUAUAGAUGUGUGUUGUUGGAGUUACCACACACGGUGGAGGAAGAGAUGGAAACGGACGCGUGGUGUUGGAGUUUGGCUCGGGAUUCUGUGAUGCGUGCGUACCCGUUGAAGUGGAAGGACUCGCAGGUGUGGUUUAAUGCGAUUUCUCCUUCUUUUACGUCCGUGGAAUCCAUGAUAGUAGUGGGAGUGAAGAAUAAACGUCUCCGUUUUAUCGACGUCUGGGACUACUGUCUGCCACUUGUGGAGACAAAUAAGGCAUGCUAUUCUAUCAUCAAGGCCCUGGCUAAACUCAAGAACAUCAAGCAUGUACCCGUUCUGGAAGCUGCUCAGAUCCAGGGUUUCGCAACCUUUCUACGCUUUCGCGAGAAGUUGGAUGAACAUACGCUUGCGGAAAUCUUCUCCGCAGACCCUUUCGACCUCCAGGUCUAUUACAACUGGGUUGGCGACUCCAGCAAAGGGCUAUACGCUACUAACGAGACUAUGGAAAUUAAGACUGAGUUAUACUAUGAAUACAUGGACCCAGAAACGAGAAAGAGACUCCGUCCACCCACCACUAAAAGAAUUGAAUAUACUCCCAGACUCUACAACCGACACACAUUCAAACAACUUAAACAACUGUACCAAACCGUGGUCGCUACAACGACCGCCAAUAAUGCCGCCAAUAAUGCCGCCAAUAAUGCCGCCAAUAAUGCCGCCAAUAAUGCCGCCAAUAAUGCCGCCACCAAGGAAGCUAAUAACGGUGGACACACGAGAGGGUCCGGCAGACUGAAUGAGGGCACUCUUGAGUCACAUCAAUGGCCGCAGCUUCAGUUCCAGGAUGUUCCCGAGAGCGUGCUGGAGAUGUACCGACUGUUUAAUCCCACGCGACACAUUUGGGACAUCAUUCACUUUGUCGAGGAGCCAGACGACCUCAGACGACAUAUCCAAGAAGCACGGCGGCCAGAACUAAUCUCAGUGGACGCGGAAUGGCGGCCUAGAGGCGCCGCGUGUGCCAGCUUGCUGCAGCUAGCCUACUUCGCCGGCCCACCGCUGGGGAAUGACCCCGUGAGGGUAGGGAGUGACCCGGCGGGAGCAGGGAACGACCCAACCCGAGCAGGGAGCGACCCAACCCGAGCAGGGAGCGACCCAACCCGAGCAGGGAGCGACUUUGACGAGAAGAACAUGGUUGUGUUAAUCGUGGACUUGGUAGCGCUGAGAGCCUACGACCAGAAUCAGUGGGUGCCCGACCUGGUGGGUUUCCUGUCUGGUUCAGUAAUGUGCGGCGUUGACUUUAUGCGCAGCGACGUUCAAAUGCUCAAACAUAAUGGCAUUGUGUUGAGGGACGUGGGGUACUGGGAACUAUCGCGUCUGGUGAAGGCUUACGAUGACUUACGGGGAAGCAGCCCGCCUUUCAAGAAGAAUGUCGGCCUGGAGAAGUGCUUCAAUUACGUCACCAUGGACGCUCUCGGUAAACCUGCCGCACUCACCAAGUCGAUUGCCUUCAGCAACUGGGACCGCCGUCCGCUGCCAAACCGGGAGACCUGGUACGCUGCCUCCGACGUCUUGAUUGUCCUCCUCAUCCUCCAACACCUCGACCAACGACUCCAGAGCGGCGGCUCGCUCCGACGCCUCGCCAAAAUACUCAACUGCUCCCUCGACCGACCCCCCUCGCGCACCGCCCCUGCCACCUCCGACAAACCCACCGCCUCUCUCCCCACGGGUGCCCUGCCAACUGGGAUUCUGACUGACACGGGGACGAGCACGAUAAGCCGGACGGGCACGAGCAUUUCCGCGUCCGAGGUCGGCGCCGAGUCUCCCGUCGGCGCCGUCUUGACGCCCAGCAGUUUGGCGGUCAGUCCCGCCGCCGACGCCGCGGUCGAGGAGAGCACCGUUUCCCGCAAAUCCCGACGCCACUCGCAUUUCAAGCUCGACGAGGAACACACGUGGCAGGUCUACCUCGCGGUGCGUGAAAAGUUUUUCGCUCUGCAGACGGCGCCAACACCAACUGCGAAGGAGGCAGCGAAGGUUGUGGUCAAGAUGGCCACUACACACCUUGCCAUCGCGGGUUACUUGAGACUAUGCGGCUUGAACUGCUACCACCUCUCUUCAGACAGCCCCUUGCCACCGGACAUUGAAGAGCGCGUACUAGUGACCGUCCAUCCGAAGGAAAGCAGCGAGAACGCCAAAAAGUCCACAGCCGUUGUCUGGCUCGCCAUUGACCAGAUAACCGCGGACAAGAGAACUGCAGAAAAGACGACCGACUCCCUGGCUCGAGAUCACCUGGCUCGAGAGGACCCGGCUCGAGAUCACCUGGCUCGAGAGGACCCGGCUCGAGAGCACCCGGCUCGAGAGCACCCGGCUCUCAACCAAAUGACCGGCAUGGGUCCCAGCCAGGUGCCGGGCCGACCGAAAGUGGCGGUGAAGAUUGGGGGAGCGGAAGUGCCGCUGGUUGUGAAGGCGGAGUGGGUGGUGAGAUCCUCGGGGUCUCCAAUAGAGGACACCCUCGAGUUAUUGCGGGCAAUGGAGAUCGAGCCCGGUCCCGUCUUUUUCCCGGACAAGGACUGGCAAGAGGCAUUAUUUGGUGGUGCGACCGCGGUUGUGACCGCGGUUGUGACCGCGGGUGCUGAACAUGGGGGUUCAGGCUCAGUUGUGGAAGACGGCGGCUCGUCGAUAUCAGAGAGCAUCUCAUCUGUGAAGGGCGGACCGGUUGUAUGUUGUUGUCCGUUAUGUGGUCGGACUAGUUUGACGGCGUGCCCGUUGGGUGGUAGGAUGUUGAUCAUUUGGGUUAUCUUCGAUGGCGAUUUUCUAAAAAAUAAAAGUAUGGAAUUUGUGGGAGCAGUGAGAAUAAAGGAUGGUUUAUUCCUGGGUGAUUCGUUAUCUGCAUGGGAUGCGGACUUUCUGAGUUCUAAUGGGAUCCAGUUUGUUGUGAACUGUACCCAACAAGAUACAUUUGAAUACGGUGGUGUUCAGCGGUUGCGUGUGAUUCAGCUGAAUUGGCCUGAAGAUGCCGACUGUACCAUAGUUCAAGAGCUUUCAAGGAAAAAGAGAAAGAAAGCAUCCUCUUCUACGAGCCUUCUACUCACCCGAAGACACAGCUCCCGCGCUGGGAAUCGUGGUGGUCGGGACUUGGCCUCUGAUCGGACCCCCGAGGCAGACCGGACCCCCGAGGCAGACCGGACCCCCGGUCCAGACAGGAAUAUUGAUCCCGAUUUGGCUUCAAAUCGGAAUGCGGAUCGAGAGGAGGGUCCGGAGGGGAGACUGGGCGAUGAGGGGGGCGGGGACACACGUGUGCGGCGACGGAAGAAGAAGAACGAACCGCCGCUGGCGUUGGCGGACUCCGGCUCUCCAGCUUUGACGCGAGGCACGCACCCGCCACGACAGGCAGCUAAGGUGGAACGGCGGUUGACCGGCCCUCAUUUGACCGGACCACGGGCACCCAUGGGAAGCAAUGUCUUGCCUAAGCCGAAACGGGAAACAGCCCUCGUGCUCGACGAAGAAAGCGCACCAGAAGAAAGUGUUCUUGGCUCAGAGGCUAUGGUAACCGUGGAUGGUGACCUGGUAGCCGUGGAUGGCCUAGAAGGCGACAGCGGUUUUAGGAUCUACGAAGACUGUCUGUGUCCGCGUCUACUAAAACUAAUUAGGUUCAUAGACGCCGCUGAUCGACUGGGUGUUUCCUGUCUUAUUCACUCGCGAUUCGGGCGCUGCCGUGGUGUAAUGGCAGUCUGUAUUUUUCUGAUGGCACGAUAUCGAUGGACGGCACAGAAGGCGUUGGAGUUUGUGCUUUCCCGGAGACCGGAUCUAGACCUGCGGAAGUCCUUUAUUAUCCAGCUGCUUCUUCUUGAGCGUCUGCUCAAUACCCGGGUGACGCUCAGCUGCGAGUGGGCCGCCAGUCCCGACUGCUCCAGCGACGAACUUCUACUCAGGAACACAUUCCGGAACUCGUUGCUCGUACCCUGCGAAGAUCUAGCUGGACCCAGACGAAAAGACAACCGACGCGGGCGCAAAGUCAAAUGGAUGCUCGAUCACCCGACCCUCCACCCCGCGCACCUUCCCCUCACGCCCCGCGAACGCAAUGACGCUUCCGCACACUGGUCCGUACCCACACGGUCCGAAGCUGCCUCCUCCAAAAAAUCGAGCGAUGACCUCACCACUGAGAUUCCGCUCACCGUACAUCCCGCACUUAGAGUCAGGGAAAUGCCAGUCUCCUUCCCCGCCAGGAUCUCCAAAGCAAGACUUCCGGGAAAUACAGCCCCAUCACAAAAUAAGUAA